AGUCAGCGCGGGAGCGGCGGAGCGGGCGGGUUCCCGCGGCUCUGCCACUUCACCUGCCUUCUGGUUUUGUUUGGUUUUUUUUUCUUUUUUUAAAUUUUUUUAUUAUCAUUUUAGCCCUUUAUUUUUUAAUUUUUUUUUUUUUUGAGACACAACCGGGUGUAAUUUUUUUUUUUAUUAUUUUAUAUUUUUUUUUAUUUAUUUUUUUUCUCGUGGCCGGCCGAAGCGGGGGACUUUAAUCCGAGAUCAAUGAAGGAAAGAAGAGCCAGCCAGAAGUUAUCGAGCAAGGCGGUGAUGGAUCCCAACCAGAACGUCAAGUGCAAGAUCGUCGUGGUGGGGGACAGCCAGUGCGGGAAGACCGCGCUGCUCCACGUCUUCGCUAAGGAUUGCUUCCCCGAGAGCUACGUCCCCACCGUCUUCGAGAACUACACGGCCAGCUUCGAGAUCGACACCCAGCGCAUCGAGCUCAGCCUCUGGGACACCUCGGGGUCUCCUUAUUAUGACAAUGUCCGCCCACUCUCCUACCCAGAUUCUGAUGCUGUCCUGAUCUGCUUUGACAUCAGUCGGCCAGAAACCCUUGACAGUGUGCUAAAAAAGUGGAAAGGGGAAAUCCAGGAGUUUUGUCCCAACACCAAAAUGCUUCUGGUCGGCUGCAAGUCGGAUCUGCGCACGGAUGUCAGCACCCUGGUGGAGCUCUCCAACCACAGGCAGACACCUGUGUCCUAUGAUCAGGGUGCAAAUAUGGCCAAGCAGAUUGGAGCAGCGACGUACAUCGAGUGCUCAGCCUUGCAGUCAGAAAACAGUGUCAGAGACAUUUUCCACGUUGCCACCUUGGCCUGUGUGAACAAAACAAACAAAAACGUGAAAAGGAACAAAUCCCAGAGGGCCACAAAGAGGAUUUCACACAUGCCUGGCAGGCCAGAACUUUCCACAGUGGCCACGGACUUGAGAAAGGACAAAGCAAAGAGCUGCACGGUGAUGUGAGAGGACUUUGGUUUCUUAGGAGGGAAGAGAUGGGAGGAGGUGGAAGCUCAAUGAAGUCCAAAGCCACGUGGGUGUUUGAUGAGGGCUUGGUGCCAGUGCUUUAAUGGAGGCUUCACCUGUCCCCUGAGACUGUACUUAAGGAACUGAGCAGCCAGAAGGAAUGGCUGUGAUCCAGGUGGCAUCAGGAAAUCUGAAGGUUGAAGAAAAUGCCAAAAAAAAAAAGAAAAAAAUUUAAAAAAAAAAAAGGGAAAACGUUUGAAUGGGCUGAGAAGAGAGAGAGUGAAUGGGAAAGUAACACUGCAAAGGAGAGGUGUCACUGACAGUGCUUGUUUCUUUAUUAAGGAUCUUCUCCUGGAUGCUACCACUUUGUUUUCAUUAAAAUAAUACUUUAAUGUUUCCUUUUUUUUUUUUUUUUUUAAAAGAAGACAUUAUUAAUAUGCCUUCCUCGUUAAGGAACUAUCCCUGUGACCUUAUAGUUGGUUUUCCAAAGGAUAUGAUCUGAUAUUUUUUUUAGUAGCUCAUCAUUAAAAUGGAGAUUAUACCCAGGCUUGAGCAUCACCAGGAGGAAAGCCCUGCACAUGAGGAGUCUGGAGUUCUGUCUGCCUCAGGCAGCCCUGCAACCCCCCUUGGAGCACCUUGGUCAUGAAGAAAAAAAACUCCUUGGAGAUUCCCCAGGUGCCCCGGCACUGUGGAAAUGAAAUGGAUCAAAUCAGGGGCGUGGGGGCAAAACUCCCUGGUGCUGGUGUCAGGACUCUGCUUGUCCAUUCCUCUGUGUGAGUGCCAUGGGGGGUGGAAAUCAUCUCCAGUUGUGGUGUGUGCUGGGUGGGGAUGGUGCUGUAAGUUGAAGUGAAAGGUGCUAAAGAAGCUCUGGUGACAAAUGACAAUUAGUUUUCUUAAAGAGCAGGAGGAUUUGUGAAGCCUUACUGCCCAGCUGUGGGGAAGCCCCCAAGACUCCUCUGUUUCUGCCAAGGAGCUGGAGAGCCAGGUGGCUCCCAUGCCCCCAGAAGUGCUGUUUUCAUGUGGUUCACUGCAAUGAUCUUUGCAAAAAAAAAAGAAAAAAAAAAAAGACCAACCCUAAGAAUCUGCAAAUGAGCCAGCAGAAAUCAUCAGGUUCUCUUUUUUUUUUUUUUUUUUUUUAAUUUUAAUUUUGGGGAUGCUGCUCUUGCAGGGGCAGCAGUCUCUGUGUCUGCUCGGGGUGAGGAAAGGGGCUCUGAAGAGCUGUGAGGCCUUGAGGGCUCCCUGGUGGAAACUGGAUACUGCCCUUAGUCUUUAAGAUUAAUACAUACACAUCCAGACAGCAAUCCUGAAACCUCAGUGAACCAGUUGAGGCAAAUUCCUUUUUGCUUACCCAAUGCCAUUGUUUCAUUAAAUAAAUCAGCCUUUUAUAAAUUGGUUGCAGCUGCUCACUGCCUGCCUGAACCUCAGGAUCCUCUCAGAAGAAGGAUCCUGGAAGCUCUAACCCAUGUUUUCCCAUAUAUGUGUCCUUAAUACUUCAUUUUUGAAGUGUUAAAGCUGUGUUUGCCUUCACCUGGGGCUAAUUCCCCAAAUUCAGGCUCAGUUUGUUCCCAGCACUUGGUUUCAGCUGGUAAAAGAAAGGGAAAAAAAAAAAACAAAUAACCAACUCACUCAUUCCAAUUAUUUUCCCCCAAAAAGACAUUUUUACCACCACAAAAAGCUUUGGACUGAUGCAACAGUGUGCUUAGGGCAGUAUUACAAAAUAGCUGGUAAGUGCUUUAUGUAUUUAAAUGUUGUGGAAGAAAAAUAAGUUAUAACUGUUAUAAAACAGGACAUUCAUUACUUUUUUUGUUGUUGUUGUUGUUUUUUUAAUCCUUGAAGUCACUUUGUAUGUUUGGUUAAUGUUUCUGCAGUAUUUAUUAAAAUACCUUUUUUUUUUUUUUCUUUUGAAUUAAAAAAGAAGUUGGCUU